UUAACCUAUUUAUACUUUGCAGGAAUUAGACUUCGCUUCACUUCACUCCUUCUUGACAUGCGAGUCACUGACAUGUCAUACCAAAACAUGCUCAGCUGGUGGUUCCCGAUCCUUCUCUUAGGAGCUGGAGCUUCUGAGACAGAAGAACUGUAUGGCAUUCUGGGGGGCUCUGUCAUUUUCCAAUUGAUGGAACCUCCACCGUAUGGAAAGAUUUACUGGAGUAAAGGUAUCGACAGAAACUCCAUAAAUAUUACUGUGGUGAACGAUGGGGAAGAUGAGGAACCAUGUCUCCUCCAGGACUUUCACUCAGCCUAUAAAAAGCGAUUGCAUGUCAGUGAGGACUGCCAAGAGCUACAUCUCAGCCAUCUAAAGGAAGAGGACACUGGCAGAUACACGGCACAUAUUGUUCAACGAAACAGAAUCUCAAAGGAGUCCUUUGACCUGGAGGUGCUUAAACAGUUUCCAGAGUCUGAGAUAAGAGUGACCUGCACUUCCACGGGGCCUGGAAAGGGAGCUUGGAAGCUGCAUUGCUCUUCAGGGAAAGAUGGAGUGGAAUUCAGUUGGGAGUCAAAUGUCAACGGCACGGAUGUCAUCUCCGAGACUUCUGUGGUGGAGCUCAUCUCCCAAGACCUUGAUCUAGAACUCACCUGCAUGGCAAAAACAGAGGAUAGUGUAGCAUUCAGGACAGUCACCUUAAAGGAAGUUUGUUCUGGACAGACCAAGAACCUGCCUGGGCUGCCUCUCUGGGUCCUGCUGUGUCUUAGCCUAGGGGGAAGUCUUCUUCUUCCUGGCUGCAUGGAACUCAUUCCCAUGGAGAAAUCCAGAAAAGCAGAUGGAGGAGGAAGAAGGCGGGCCCAGCCCCAGCAAGGAGACGACUGACAGAUGCCUGAGAUGAGUCUCCUUUCUGCCGCUUCACUUCAUGGUCUUCCUUGGCACUACUAUUAAUCUUCUCAUAGUUCCCAUCACCAAUCUCUUUCCAUUUCUGACUGUAUGACUAUAACUUGUUGCUGGCAAUCCUUAUGAUUUAUAUUGAUAUAUUGACCAUCAAUUGUGUUGUAAAUGUUGUACCUUGAUGAACGUAUCUUUUCUUUUAUGUACACUGAGAGCAUCUGCACCAAGACAAAUUCCUUGUGUGUC